AUUUCUUUAAAUUUUUAGGAGGACUGGACAGUUUGUUCACGGUGUGAAACUUAUAGACCUCCUCGAGCACACCAUUGUCGAAUCUGCCAGAGAUGUAUUCGCAGGAUGGAUCAUCACUGUCCUUGGAUUAACAACUGUGUUGGGGAGUUCAACCAAAAAUACUUCAUCCAGUUCCUUCUCUAUGUAGGUUUGGCUAGUAUUUAUACAGUGGCCAUGGUUGCUCUUUCAUGGACCAGAGAAUGCAGAGAUUGCAAUCAUGAAAUCAUAUUUAAGCAGCAUAGAGUAAUACAUUCUGUGAUCCUAGUUAUUGAGAGUCUUCUUUUUGGAAUUUUUGUGAUAGCUAUCAUGUGCGAUCAG